AUGCAUAUCCCUAUCUUUAUAGCCGUCCUGCUAUGUACUGUCUUUACAAUCUACCCGGCUCUCGCUUCUGGAACAGCAGCUCCUCAGCUGAACUCCUGUCCACCGCUCAUUGAUGAGGCUGGAGUUGACUCUUCAAACUGGACGCUCUUUACAAGUCUUGACGAAGCCUUGGCUUGUAAUCACAAACCGAGACUUCUCGACUUCACCAUUCAUUACCCACUUCGACCUUCGGGUCCUGGCAAUGUCUUGAGAGCAUGUACUUCUUACCAAGGAGAAACCCUUGACCUUCCCAGCGACAAAAACACCUCAUCGCUGGCUAGGAAUACUCAGACCAAAUCUAAGCUUGAGCUUGUUUGGGAUGACGCCGAUGAGAGAGUCAUAGUGCCUCAAGCCAUCACCGCACUGAAGGAACUGCAAUCGUUCCUGUUGACCGAGGGCUACAAAGACAGACAGUCGAUUUUCUCUCAGUAUGGUGACACAUCUGUGGGCCUUUACAUCGGAGAUAAGGUUGUGCCAAGCAGCAUUGCCAACGUCGUCAUCGAGGCGCUGUUGAUGCGUCUUGGGGAGUCUGGGAUGCCAAAAAGACUCGGUGUCCAGCUUUGUGGCGAUGGCCGCAAUUCUGACUACACUUCUGGUAUCAUGAUCGAUACUACACCUGGUGCUGCCUCGCUCAUCAACGCUCAAGUAGCCGUGAGCGCGUGGAGUAAUGCUACGUGUAUCGACGGACUCCAGCACAGUACAAACUUUGGCAGCUUCCUCGUCGACACCUUCAAGGAUGAUACCGCGGUUUUUCUCCCUUCCAACUCCUCGGCAUCGAAGCUCUCGAAGCGCGCAGAGUGCAAAACCAUUCAGGUCAAGUCGGGAGAUGGCUGUGGCGACCUAGCUCAGCGUUGUGGAAUCAAAUCAGCCGAUUUCACAAAGUACAACAGUCAGACGAAGAACUUGUGCUCUACUCUGAUCGAUGGCCAGCAUGUUUGCUGUACCUCUGGAGAUUUGCCUGACUUUCGCCCCAAGCCCAGGCCUGACGGCGGAUGCGCAACAUAUACUGUCGAAUCAGGCGACUUCUGUAGCAAGAUUGCGGCUGCAAACUCUCUCAAGGUUGAAGACAUCGAGAGUUUCAACAAGAAUACCUGGGGCUGGUCUGGGUGCAAACUCUUGUUCGACAAGGCAGUGAUUUGUUUGAGCAAAGGCGACCCGCCCAUGCCCAACCCCAUUGCCAACGCAGAGUGUGGACCUCAGAAACCUGGCACGAAGAAGCCUGAGAAGGGGACAGACCUUGCCAAUCUUAACCCUUGUCCUCUUAACGCAUGCUGCAACAUCUGGGGACAAUGUGGUAUAACGGCAGACUUCUGCAAGAACACCACGCUUGGAGCUCCAGGUACUGCAAAGCCAGGGACUAACGGGUGUAUUUCCAACUGCGGGACCGACAUCGUGAAUAACAAGUCCCCCCCCUCGUCUUUCAUGAGUGUCGGCUACUUCGAGGCUUGGAAUCAAGAUCGACCGUGCCUCUGGAUGGAUGUUUCGGAGCUCGAAAAGAGAUCUGAACUUACCCACGUUCAUUUUUCAUUUGCUCGACUUACUGAUAGCUUCGAAGUUGAUGUGAGCCACGUCUCUUACCAGUUCAACAAGUUCAAGAAGCUCAAAGGACCUAAACGCAUUCUUGCCUUUGGGGGCUGGGUGGAUUCUACUCAUCCUACCAAGUAUCAUAUUCUUCGUAACGCGGUCAAGAUGGAGAAUCGACUUCAGGUCGCAAAGAAUAUUGCAGCUUUUAUCAAGAAGCAUGAUCUAGAUGGUGUCGAUAUUGACUGGGAAUAUCCUGGAGCUCCAGACAUCCCAGACAUCCCCAAAGCCGACGAGGAGGAUGGGAAGAACUACCUUGGCCUAUUAACCCUUCUCAAGGGCCAAUUAGGCGGUUUGUCGCUGUCUAUUGCAGCUCCUGCUUCCUUCUGGUAUCUGAAACCCUACCCCAUCAAUAACAUCGCCAAGGUUGUUGACUACAUCAUCUACAUGACCUACGAUCUACACGGUCAAUGGGACUACGACAAUAAAUGGGCUUCUCCCGGCUGUCCGAAAGGAAACUGCUUGCGAUCUCACGUGAACCUCACGGAAACGAUGGGUGCUCUCGCCAUGAUUACCAAGGCUGGCGUGCCCUCGACCAAGGUUAUCGUUGGCAUUACAAGCUAUGGAAGGUCCUUCAAGAUGGCGAAAAAGGGAUGUGUAGGCCCCAUGUGUACGUUCCUCGGGUCCUCGACAGAGUCAUUAGCUCGCAAAGGCGUUUGCACAGGGGAGUCCGGAUACAUCUCGAAUGCUGAGAUUGAGAACAUAGCCAACAAGCAGGCAACCUGGUGGAUUGACGAGAGUGACUCCGAUAUUCUAGUGUACAACGAUACCGAGUGGGUUGCCUACAUGUCUGACUCGACCAAGAGGAGGCGGAUUUCCAAGUAUCAAGGACUCAAUUUUGGCGGCGUGACCGACUGGGCUGUUGAUCUUCAAAAGUUUGGCAAGCUUGAAAACAGCAACUUGAUUGAGAUAAUCGACAAGGACGGUAAAUGCAAGUGGAAGACGAAGGAUGGGUUUAGCUGUCUAGACAAACCCGUCAGAGAGUCUGGUAUGAGCCCCAAGACGCGCUGGGAUGCCAUGCGUGCCCCUUGCGCCUGGAGAGACUUGGCGUCUUCUUGGGUCGAUAAGAGAUCAUCUGAGGGUCUGAAUGUUACGGGAAAGGGGAACGCGAACAAGUUCUCCAGGCAUGUGUCAGACCUUGCAGAUGGCUAUGAGAAGUUUGACUGUGCAUCGUUCUCUGUAGGCGUCAAUGGGUGCGAUCAGGAAGACAAAUGUGAGGAUACUGAGGACUCGGGACCUGCCGGUUACUUUAUCCUCAACUCUUUCGCUAGCAUACAUACUACGUUCAAAAGCCUUUGGCAGACUGUUGACAAGGUUGAGAAUGGCAUGCAGUCGAAGCUAGAUCAGCUGGUAGAAACUUUUGCUCCAGAUGUGGAUGAGUCAAGCGAGUUCAAUUUGAUUGCAGACUUUCUCGGAAUCGCCGUGGGGAUGUUUGCCGCUCCCCUCUUCGGCAAGAUUAUGCAGACGAAAGACAGUCAUACCGUCGACAUCAAGGACCUUAUUGCGAACACGGCUUCUUGGGGAGCUACUGUAGCCAAGGAUAUACAGAACAGCAAGAGGGAAACACCUAAGAGCAAAGUAGCUGGCAAGCUCAGCGAGGUCUCAGAUCUCUGGACCGAGUCCAUCGAAGCUUUUACCGAAAAAGCAUUCCGCGGAGACGAUGAGUCUGUCGAUCUCAUCGGAGAUUUGAUUGCCGACGGUAAAUUCAACAAUGACGAAUUAACCUUUGACAUGUCAGAUCUUCGAAAACAACUGCGCAAAGUCUUUUUCGCAGUCCUCAUCCCCGAGGCUUGGAAGGUUGGCGCAGGAUAUGCUCCGGCCUUCGUCAUGGAUUCCGGUUAUGAUUGCAACGCUGUCGGGCCGCUCGACUACGAGUACAUUGCGCCGAGCACUGGCGAGGAGAUGGGGUACUGCUACAAAGGCCGCAGGUAUUAUCUCCUUGCGCCGAAUGGCCGGGAGCGGAACUGUGAUCCUCAGGUACCCGGUGGCACAGGCGGUAAUCCCACAGACUGCAAAGCCAACUACUUCACCGCGCCACAGGGAAUAGAUAAUCUGGAUCCUAAGAAGCAAGGUGCCUACGACUGGGGAGGGAUCACUGCUCAAGAUCUUGUCGCUGGGGCAGUCGAGGGUUGGAAGGCCAACAAGGAGAAAAAUGGUGGUGGGUUUCUUGACCUAACCAAAACCAGCAAUUACGACUUUCUCCUUGGAGAUAACCCAAGCGAGCUCACCGACACUUCGACUCAUAAUGUCAGCAUCCCUUCGCAGGGUCGCAAUCACAACCGCUUUGGGCCGUUUUUGCGACAGGCGCUUGAUGUGAUGCAUUCUCUUAAAUCUCGUGCAGUGAGAUCACCCACGCAACAAGACAAUUCAUGGAGUCAACUUCAGUCCCUCACCAUCCCAACACCACACUACGCCCGGUCAACAAGCGCAAGUCUCUCAACAUCAGAUCUCUCACCGGCUUUAUCGCCCUAUCUCGCACCGAGUCCCAACUUCACCCUCCUCCCUACAGAAAUCCCCCUUCCAUCCGUCGAUCUCGGCGCCGCAGAGCUCGAACUCUUCAGCUACUACCUCUCCCACACAGCGCGUUCUCUAGCCUACGACGAAGAUGAUCUGUAUGCUUUGCAAGUUGGUUUCCCGAACUUGGCUUUUAGAAGUCAACCCCUCAUGAGCUCUAUUCUCGCUCUCGCAGCGGUGCGGAAAUGUCAUGAUUUGAUAUCUCAGCCUUUGCAGAGGGUUGAUAAAAGUCAGGUUAGGCAUUUGCUUGCUCUUGCUGAUGAACAUCAUAGGGUGUCGCUUCGGCAGACGAGGGCUGAUAUUCCAAUUGCUAAUCAUUACGAUCAUGUUGUUGCGAAUGCACCACUGAUGGUUCUUUACGCGACGGCGAAUCAUGCUGUGAGGAUCAAAGUCGCAAAGACGUUCGAUGAAGGGGAGAGAACUAGUUCGGCACCGGUGCAGUUACAUUGGAUGACGCUCAUUCGGGCGGCGCAUUUGGCUUAUACGGGUCUUUUACACUCAACAAAAGAUUUUGGAUUCUUGGAGGACUUUACAGCUAGUCCGCCUGAUAUCACACUGAACAGCCAGUCAACUAACGGGUUGGUUCCUUUGGGAGAGAACGGACCUACGCCUCAGACAGAGCAACUUCUCAUGCCAAUCAUCGCAGCGACUUCUGGUUCAGCGCUGGAGAAGUUACGAACGAGAGCGCAGGCUUUGGAGUUUGCUGCGCACCUGAAGCCAUCUUGGGAGUCACCAGCUGACGAUACUGAACUUCAAGCUUGUCUUGUCGCCCUCGAAGCGCUGAACAGUAUCGUGAAUGAGCUGUUUCACCCAGAUCAGAGCACCUAUACAGAUUCUCAACAACCUGAUCUCGAAGCAGGUUGGGCAGCAUUGAGUCAACUCUCAGAUGUAUCACCCUGGCUUCGAAGUUACAUGGCGCGCGUAACUUUCUCAACACCACCUAAGCCCCUCCGCCGGACAAUAAUGUGGUUUCUGAACAGAAUCCCCAGCGAAUUCCUCAGUAUCGUCGAGUCUGUACUUGAUAACAUUCCCACAAGUCCUGAUAGUAUUCCCGACGAGGGUAUUCAGUGCGAAGCCGAUGUUUCUGAGACAACAAGACUUGCUAUGGAUAUUUUUUCUCACUGGCUUGUUUUGGUUAUGCUGCUAGAUGGUGUUUGGUGGAUUGGUGGUAUUGGGGCUUGGAGUCAGUCCUAG